AUCUGGUCCAUGUAGUUUACCUGAAUGAGAUUGCAGCCCCUCUAAGAAGCAAACGGCAUGUCCUUUUUGUUUGCUAACUGUUGGUUCCGUGCUCGGUCUAAGAUGCACAUGGCCAGUACAAUUCCUUUAACCUCUUUCUGCUGUAACACUACAUGUUUUAAAGAUAGAUUAUUGCUCAGCAUGCUUUUCUUUCGCUUGAAAGAUUAUUUGUGUGCUUGGAGAAGUGUGUUGAACUCCCCCACCCACCCACACAGCCAUGGCAGACAUACCUUAAGCUAACAGAUUCACAUAGGAACAGUUUCAAAAUUGUUCAAUUUAGAGAAAUUGCUGCAAUAAAUCUUAUGAGCUGAAAUUAUCCAGAAUGAUAUUAAGACAAAAACUAUCUGCAUGUCAUCAGGAAUGCGAGGACCUGAAGAAACAGAACAAAUGCUUGUCAAAUGAGCUGCGUUUGGAAAGAAUUUUUAUGAAAUCGGAAAGCGAGCUGGGCAUGAGAAAUCUCAGAAAUAUAAACCAUGGACUGCAAACACUAGUUAAAGAGCUGAAGCAGAAGCUUAAUGCCUCUCAGCAGACAGCGACAAAAUACUCCAAGCUUGUGGAGGAGGCCUCUCUGGCUCAGGCAGAAGCUGAGAAAGGCCAAGUGGAGGCUGAAGCCCAGGAAAAGUUGUGUCGGGAGCAGCAAGAAGCAGUUCAACUGGAGAACAUCAGCUUAAAAGAAGAAACUCAGCAGCUGAAGAGAAAGUUAACCGAAAUGCAGCAGCUGUUAGCACAAGUGGAAAAGAGCCACUUUGAAAGUCAGAUGAAACUAGAGAGAAUAACAAUGGAGAGGGAAGUCAUCCGUGAGGAAAAACGAUAUUUGGAGCACGAAAGGAAUGAACUAAAGCAGAAACUGAAAGGAACACUAGAGGAGAAUUUGAAGAGUAAAGAAAGUGAAAUCUCUCAAAGAUGUAGAACAGAAGCUGCUGAAGAAGCUUUAGAGAAAGCAACCUUGCUUCAUUACGAGUCGGAAAGGGGGAAGCGCUUGCUAGAAUGGGACAUAGAAGAGAAGGAAAAACAGUGUGAGAUGUGGAUGAAGAAAUAUAGUGCCAUGGCAGACCUCUGGCAAUCCCAAGAGGAAGAAAAAUCAAGAAGGCAAAACAAAGCUUGUCAGGUGAAAAUGAAGAGCUAUUUCUUGUGUAUCAAUGAAAGCAAUGAGCACAUAACAGUAUUAAGAAAUGAAGAUGGAACUCCACAGAGAUUUGCGGAAGGAGAGCAAGUUUGUUUUUCAGUCCCUGGUGUUGACAAUGAAGAAAAGGCCAAGAGCACUGACAGGAUUUUGCAUAGAGUUGUUGCACCCAGUUCAAACCCUGGACAUCCUCAGAUGUGUGGACUUUGUCCUGCUGAACUGCAGGAGAGAACACCAGCUAGAAGAGGCAGGAAAAUCAUUGAAUAUUUCUGGUUUCCAGUUGAUGGUAAUACUGAAGAGUGAUUGGAGAAGAAUUAAAAAUAUAACCGAUGAUGGGGGGUGGGGGUGGGGUGGGUGGGCAGCUCCGGGACCUUGAGUAGGAGCCACAUGUUUUUGCUGGAAUGCAAGAUUAAUUGAAGACCUUCCUUGUACUGGCAAGUGAAUGAGGUGAUGAUGAGACUUUUGUUUGUGACAGUUUGUCAUAGAUGAAGCCAGAGAAUGAGACACUUAAUCCAGCAGAGGUUAGGCAAAUCUUUCUUUUUUUAAAAUAGGUUUCCUACUUACCAGCAUUCUAAAUUAAAACACUUGCCUUGCACAUCUAAUUAAAGGUUACAUUCCAGUUGCCUGAACAUAUUUUGUUAAGAUGCAAUGUGCAUGCAAAAUUGAAUCUAUGCAGCACUACUACAAGCAAUGGAUAUUAUUCCCAGGAUUGUAGGCAUGCUGAUGAUAACCAAUUGGCUGUUAAAUGUACUGUUGUUCUUUGGUUUGUGUUUGUGUGUGUGUGUGUGUGGAAGUGCCUGCAUUUUUUCACUCAAGGUGGAUGCAGUGGGACCUGUCAUAAUGAACUCCUGCACUUCAAAGUGUACCACUAAAUGAAAGUGAAUGUACAUUUGCAAAAGAGAAUGCAAGAUUUUUUCAAUUCAGCAAGAUUGAUGGUUCUUCAACCCCAAACAGUUGUGUCUGCAUCUGUGAAACAUGAACAAAGUGCAUCCAACAGCAGUUGUCUAUCAUAGUUUGUGGCUUUGGAUUGGUGCAGCAAUAUGCAUGUCCCAUAACGGGCCACUUACACACGUCUCUCUGUUGAGAAAUAAGGGCCAGUUCAUAGAACUAUUUUGUCCAUUAUUAAAAGUAAGCAAAUGGGUCAUCUGAUCAUGAGUGCUUGCGAAGCACUGCGCCUUUGCCAAUAUGGUUUGAUUUCAGAUAGCAAAGAAAAACAAGUUACC